UUGUUCUUUAAGAUUUACAAUCAUAAAGCACAAUAUAACAAAACACAUAGGUACAUAUCUUUGUACAAAUAAUUUUUAUAUAUAUCCUUGGAUAUACACACAAUGAUGUCUUUCCUUUUGUAUGUUCCUAUUCUUCUUUCAGUUUCUUUUUCUUUCCUUUUGCAUGUGUUUAAGAAAUACAUUCACCUUCUAUCAUUAUGUCUUGCUGCCAUCUUUAACACUAUUUUGUAUGCUUUGCAUUAUUCUUUAUUGUCAAAACAUAUUGGACUAAUAAAGGAUAUUGAUAAAGAUAUUGAAAGUUUGAUACCUUGUACAAAAGAUAGUGAUUUUCAAAGCAUCGAUAUUAAUGAUGAAAUUGAUGAUGAUGAAAAAAUUACUAAAGAUGAAGAUGAAGAUUACUCUUGGAACAGGACAAAGUUGGAGGAGGAUAGAGGAAACUUCCCUCCACCAAUUUCAUCGCUAAAUGAGCUUGGACAACCUAGUUUCAUUUUUGUACCAAUAAGAAAAAAUGGAAGGAUGCAACUUAAUAAAAUAAGAAUAAGAAGGCCGGAAAUUCUCCAUGCUACACGAGAAGAUGGACGAUUGAGGUUAUUUCUCAUUCCAGAUCAUAAUGUAGAAGAAGAUAUAGAAGAAAAAAAGAAAGAGGAAGAGGAGGAGAAGGAGAAACAAGAACUAGUUGAUGAUGAUGAUGNCAAAAGAUAA